AUGCCUUCGCCGUUCCACCAGAAGUAUUCCAGCCAGAGCCAUAAAGCCUACGGAGACAGCACAGUACCAGCUAUGCCUGAAGCUCCCAAGGAAGAUGCUCAGCGCCGAGGCUCAGACGGCUCGAUGGUAGAACCUUCAUCUCCAGAUGGACGUCGCAGAUCGUCUGCUGCGCAGCGCUACGGCAACCUUGAGAUGCUUAAGAGACCUACCGACCAGGCAAGUGUCGAGAGGCGUGCAUCACUACACGAUUCAUAUGGGAAGCCGGGUUUCCUUGGGUCGAUGUGGAACAACUUCACCCGUGGACCUGCAUCCGCUAGUCCUCCAGCAGCACCGAAAGCUGCCGAGCCGAGAGACAUAACGACCCUUCGUGGUUAA